GAAGGAAUCGAGUCAAAUGCGAUUAGAAGAAUGAAGAACUUGCAGUGCUAGUUUGCAGAAGAAGAAGAGACUUUGACAAUUUGGAAGAUGAAGUUUGUUUGGGGAAUUCAUCCUAAUGCACUGGCUUAUUCCAUGACUACAUUAGGUGCUGGAAUGAUGAACAGUAUCUUCAAUUUCUACUAUGUUAAGCUUUUCCUAAACCAAUACAAAAUUUCAGAAGUAGCGUUUCAUCAAGCACAGGUGGUAUUUAUGAUAUGGAAUGCCAUUAAUGAUCCUCUUUUUGGGUAUAUUCAAGAUAACUCCAAAUUUGCAUGCUGCUCAAGACGUCAGUUUUCAAUUUUGUAUGGAGCUCCCUUGUAUGCAUUAGCCUUUUUGCUUCCAUGGUUUCCUUGGAAACAUUAUGAGGAAGGCGACUGGCUGAGUGGUCUUCACCUUAUUGUUGCUUUAUGUGCUUUUGAUGGCUUGCUUACAUUUGUGCUUCUAGCGCAAUGUGCGCUUUUUGCAGAAAUUUCCACAAGACAUGAAAAUAGGCUUCAGCUUAUUAAAUAUAACCAAGUAGCAACAUUAAUAGGAUCAACAAGCAUUCUCUUCUGUGGUCUGAUAUCAGAUAAUAUGGAGAAUUUUGCCUAUUUUCAGGCUUUUACUGUUUUGGUUGCAGCAUUAGCAACAGUUUGUAUGUGUUACACAGGCAAAUACAGUACAAGUCAGUAUGAACAGAGAGAAAUUCCUGCGGAGAGUGCUAAUCUGGCAAAUGGUGAUGGAGCUCUCUCUUGGUCGUCCGUAAUUUCUCUAACCAAGCAGAUUAUGGUAGAGAAGAACUUUUUAUUUUUUGUAACUAUGAAUUUCUUCCAAGUUUUCCACCUAGCCUUUUGCAACAAUUUCAUGAUGAUCUUUGCGGAUAAUCUCAUUCCUAAGGAUGUCCUUUCUUCCUCAAUAAGAAGUAUCAUGUAUGGAGCCAGCUUUAUUUGUCCUCAGUGCCUUGUUCUUCUCAGUCAUGCUUCAUUGAAGAAGUUUGGUUAUUACAGAAUCAUCCUGUUUUCCUUUUACUUUGAAGGAAUAGCUGCUGCUGUCAUGUUUUUUCUAGGGCCAGAACACUAUUAUCUCUUGGCAUUUUAUCUCACAACAAACAUGGUAAUUUUACAAGCCUCAUUUAGUUUGUUCAAUCUCCCCUUGGCGGAUAUUGUUGAUGAAGAUUUAGAAAAACACAAGCGGAGAUCACCGCUUUCCUCUAUGGUUUUUGGUACCAAUGCUUUGUUUACCAAGCCUGCUCAGUCUUUGGCUCCAAUGCUUGUGGUUACAAUACUGAACCAAUUUGGAUACGAGAAUCUCAACAAUGAAAUUGCUCAGCCUGAUCCAAGUCUCUUUUUAGGUCUUCAUGAUGCCAUGUUCUAUUUGAUCUGUCUGGUUCCACUUUGCAUUGCAGUCAUACAGAUCCUGACGUGGACUCGUUUUUCAAUCCAGAAUAGUCAUUUAACAACAGUAUGCUAAAUAUUUAAGUUAGUCUGUAAAUCUUUUGCUGAAUUGUACACAAGAGAUGCAGUACAUUUUAAAUGUGAAAAAGCAAAAUUGCAUUUAAUGGACUAUUAGAUUAAACACAGUUUGAGCCAUUUCAAUAAAGUUGGAUUCUUCAGUGUACGUAGAAUGUAACACAGAUCACAUUCAGCCUUAAUAUUCCAAAUCGUACAGAGUUUUUCCUAGCUGAGUUAUCGUUUGAAUGUGACACGUGUGGAAGACAGGGAAGAUAUGCUUAUUUUCCUAAUUACUAAACAAAGUCAUUUCUGGUAUGUAAUGGUCACUGUUAACUCUUUAAAGAAAGGAUAUGACAGAUCAGGUAAAGAAAUCUCAGCCCAACAUCUGGAACUCAAGGAAGCUGCAUUUUCUUAAACUUACUGAAAGAUGGUGGAUUAAUUCUGCUGUAUCUGAUAGAAUGACACAUAUCUGAAGUUUGCCAGGAAAAGCCUGGAUGGAUAUCCCUGAGGGAAGGCAGAGAGACAGACAAAUUUAGUUGGUAUCUAACUGGCCAAAUCUCAUGACAAAUCUGUCAGCUACUGCAGGAAGAGCCAAGAAUAAUUAAUUGCCUUGUAAAAGUCAGUAUAAGACUAGAUAAGAAAAAGAUCAAAAUGUUAUUCAAUAAAUUGUUGUUGAUUAUGGAAAAAGCUCCAAACUUCUUUUGCAACUGCAAUAUGUUAUACAAGAUGUCAUUGUGGUAAGAAAACUAUUAGCAGACGGCUGUAGUAGUGUUCAGUUAGCAGGACAAAUCUAAGCGCACACAUACUGAAUCAAACUCUGGAUAGUAAUGUUGGAUUGACAGACUCACUUGAUGUGAUGACAGUUAAUUUCUGAUUUAUCCUUACCAACAUUUUUUCAGUCUUUAUCUUUUACAUAGA